AACUGCCUUACGUCGCCAUUUGUGUUGCUGCCUCAACGCGGAAGAAAACGUUGAAUGUAGACGUAUCCAAAUAUUGAAACAGAUUGUUGGGAACCUGCACAAUUCACAGCUGAACGUAAUGAAAACAGAAUGUUGGAUCGCUUGGGUGUUAACUGCGAUCGUAAUCGAACGGUGUAUAAAAGUGGCACGUGAAAUGUUCGCUUACUUCACAUCGAGGAUCCCCGCCUCACGAAAACUAUUGCGAAAAGCUACCGAAAAAUGGCUGUUUUUCAUGGUACCUUCUCCAUUGUGCUCAUCAUUGGAUCAUUAUGCAUUCUUCCGCAAGACUUGGACGCCUUAUCUGUCGACGAUAACUUUUUCCCAAAGCUCGUCAAACGAUUCGAAUCUGAAGCAUCAAAACUGUCAGGGGAGGAGGUCCACAUCCACGAAGAAGAACUACAAGAUGCUCUACGCGUUGGCCGAGAGUACGUCGAGAAAUGGGAACAACUAGAAGCUAAAAUUUCGGAAGAGAACCGUAAAAAAGGUGUAAAUGAGGGUACAACUAGAGCGACAGGAUCGCGACGGUACUCGUCGAAACGCCACAAUCCGGAAGCCAUGGCUAGAUCAAAAGAAGCUGCUAUCUAUUUGGUGGCGCGCAAAUAUUUAAGUGAUAGGUUGGGAAUUCCGGCUGAGAAGAUUGGAGAUCUAGGGCGGUUGCCAAACACCGCCAGUGAUAGGCAGGCUUGCGAUUUUAGUUCCAAAUUCCGUAGUAUCGAUGGAACUUGCAAUAAUAUCGACAUUCCAUUGUACGGCAAGUCGGGUACCAUCUUUUCUCGAUUGAUCGCCAAUUCAAACGAGGGCUACGAUGACGGUAUUUCAACAAUUCGAAAGAGCAAGUUAACGAAAAAUCCAUUGCCAAGUGCCCGGCUCGUUUCCUCAGCUGUUGUCUAUAACGACAGUGUUCCAAAUCCGGCCGUCACUCUCUUGACGAUGCAAUGGGGUCAAUUCCUCGAUCACGAUUUAACUUCUACCCCCACAUUCACGAAAAGUGAUGGAACUGAAUUUUCCUGCUGCUCAACAAACAUAACGGGUACCUCCGUGCUGACUGCUCCACAUCCGGAAUGCCUUCCAAUCGCCAUUCCUAGUAAUGACCCAACUUACAAUCCAUCCUCUAUCGGCCAGCAGACUUGCAUGAAUUUCAUCCGUUCAACUUAUGGAAACAACUUAGAUGGCACCGCCCCUCGUACCCGAUCACACAUCGACGCGUCUAACGUGUACGGAAGCACUGCGGCGAAAGCAGCCUCAUUGCGGAACACAACGUCGGGCAGAGGAAAGUUGAAGACGUCCAUCAGCAGUAAUCGUCAAAUGUUGCCUUUACUCUCUGCCAAUGUUUUCGAUGCAGGCGAUCAUAGGGUGAACGAACAGCCGUUGUUGACCAUUAUGCACACCCUAUGGGUUCGUGAGCAUAAUCGUAUCGCAGAUAACCUUUACACAGUAGCUCCUAAUCAAACGGAUGAGUUCUAUUAUCAACACGCUCGCCGGAUCGUUAUAGCCGAAAUGCAACACAUCAUCUACACCGAAUAUCUGCCCGUCAUUAUUGGCCCAGAUUUGGCGGCUCAAGUGAUGUCGUCAGAAUAUGGUUAUUACAGUGGGAAUCCGGCCAUUUUUACCGAAUUCUCUACAGCCGCUUAUCGCAUGGGCCACUCUCAGGUGAGGAGCUUUAUCAGGCUAUUCGAUAGAAGCGGAAGAGUUAGCAAAGACAGCUACUUCCUAUCAGAUUCGUUUAUGAAUCCCUCUCGACUUUUAACGAAUGUCAAUUUUUUCGAUGAUGCGUUGCGAGGACUUCUUCAAGUGCCUGCGCAAGCAGUCGACAACUGUUUCGCCGACGACAUUACAAGCCAACUCUUCAAGCCAAAUGGUCAGAGACUUGGGUUCGAUCUAAUCGCGCUGAAUAUUCAACGAGGAAGAGAUCACGGUCUACCACCAUACGUUUCCAUGCUCUAUUAUUUGGCGUCAAAUUUUUUGUUACAAACUCAACCAACAAAUUUUGACCAUUUGGUACCGCGCAUUCCGGCUGAGAUCGUUGCGUCUCUGAGAUCCAUCUAUGAAACAGUGUACGAUGUAGACCUGUAUAUCGGUGGAGUCGCUGAAAAGCCACUGCCCAAUGCCGAGCUUGGCCCAACAUUUGCUGGCAUUUUCGCCUUACAAUUCUUAAAUUUAAGAAGGACAGAUCGAUUCUUCUACAACUAUAACGUUAAUCAACCUACCGGCUUCCGUUCAGCUCAAUUAGCCCAAAUCCAAAGGGUCUCCUUGGCCCGCAUCAUUUGCGAUAACAGUGACCGCUCCAUCACCACUAUCCAACCGAAAGUGUUCCGCACUCCCGACGAUUUGUUGAACAAGCCCGUCCCCUGCACAAACCUCUAUGGAAUCGACUUUUAUAAAAUGACACCUCUCUAAGAUAUGGCGACGAAUAAAGAUAAAUGGUGAUAGAUAAAGGUGACGGACUCGACCUGUUUGCGAAUUAAUAAUUAAUCAAAUACGUAAAUGAAAUACACGUUUAUUGUGCAACAAAA